UUGUUUUCACCAAUAGGAGGCGCGCCAGCUUCUUCGGCUCUUUCCGUUCUUGCCUCGUUCAUCUUCGCCUCGGUCUCGACCCCUUCUCGGCUGUCAUCGGAGCCACUCGGUUGUUAACGGUCGGUGUGUUCAAAUGUUCGGCCGCAGCUCCUCCUGCAGACUGGAGUAAAGAAAGAGUCGAAAGAAAAGAGGGAAACAGACGACAAGAACGGAUAAACGGAGUGUGGAAGCGGAAUGACGGUGCUGCAGGAACCUGUCCAGGUAAACACACAAGUUGAAGUCGUUGUCAUGAAAGGAGUAAUGAGUAUUUGUGAAAGCCGUGUUUCAUGAUCCGUCCCGGCCUCAGUGGCUGGUACAGUCCGCGGUGUGAGAGCUUUUCCCCCCGCCGCAGGCCCCGCAGCCCGUCGCUGGUCGCACUAAGCGUUUUCGUGGCGAUAUUUCUGUAUAAGGUUUGAUCAUUACACGGCUGUUUGGUCUUAAAUGGGCUUCAGCAGUCCAUCACAGUGCUACUUCGUUUGCUUCUGUCUGUUGGACACAGCUGAGAGAGGUCAAACCAGACACCUUUAAAAAAACGGACACUUUCAUGUUUCCGCCGCUGUAGAUUCAAAAAUCAACUGAGUUAAAUAAAUUUAAUCACUCAAUGGGGCUUUGUUCGUCUAGCACUUUUCUUCGGCAUAUAUGUUGUAGUUACAGUGUCGUUUAAUUUAAAAAUCUAGCAUUUAUUCUAUGUAUUAGUCUCAUAUUUCUGUGCGCAGGCUUCGGCCAAAUUGCGGCGGUGAGUGCGACAGUAACAGCGCAAACACUUCUUAAAGUUUAUAUUUCUUUGUUAUAAAGCAUGCCUGGUUGAAUGAAUAUACGCAGAAUGUAAAAGUAAAAUGUGUCGAAUCCUUCGAAGCUCUUAAAGAGGUGUGUGCUUCUUCGUGUGAGCAGUGCGAUAAUAAUCAGCUAAAAUUUAAAUGGAGUUCUGUAUCGUUAGCGAUGCUAAAGCUGAGAUGCUAACAGUGGAGUAACGUUAGCCGGUUAGCACUCAGGCUAAAGUGUAGCUGCUUGGUUACAGUCAUCAGAAAUCCCCCUUUAAAGUGUAAAAGAGGACUCAGAGAGCUUUUUAGGCCGUAUUAAUUUCAAACUGCCGCAGUAGCGAGGUUAAAGCUAACGAACAGCAUGAUGGGAUUGUUUGGCACUAGCGUUAACUAACCAUAGCUAACUUAGCUGCCUGUUAAUAUUAGCCAUCAGCUGGUUAGCUGCCAUGUCAGCCAGUUAGACCAAAUUAAACGUAGAAAAACAAGAUAUGGUUUCGUGUGGUGUUUUAGGAAAUGCAGGGUAAUCAUUUAUGUGCUUGUUUGUGCUUGUUUUAUAAUCACAGGAAUCAGCAUUAGCCUCCUACAUAGAAAAUGUUAGCUAUGACUCUGCUGUUAACAGGAAAUGAAGAGAUGUGGUAGUGUUUAAUAGCUGUCAUACAGUAAUCACAGGAAAGAUCAUUAAAGGGUUAUUUGUGCUGAUGUUACCUCUAUUAUCAUGAAGUGCACUAGUAAGGAGCCCACGGAUUAAACCGCCAGGCUUCCUGCCUCUUAGUUUGUCUUGUCAUUGUGUUUCUUUGUAUAAGAUGCAGUUAACACAUGCAUUCUAGUCACUGUUAUAAGGUUAGAUUGAUACACCUCGGCUUUGGGUUUCUGUGUUGGUUUCUGUAAAUGCAAAAGAAAUUAGUGUAUUCAUAAUGGAGAUAUGAUAAGAAAAAUCUCACAAUACUGUAAUACCUUGAUCAUAUGCCCAUAAUACAAUAUGAAUGCUUAAAACAAGGCAUAUGGACUUAGAGCAAGUGGUUUUUACUGCUGUGAGUGGCUGGUGAAAUUAGGUGUUAUGAGUGAUGGACAGAUAAGAUCUUAAUAAGCUUUGGGCUUUCUUUCAAUUGUUGUUAGAAAGAUAAAGGUUUAAGCCCUCAAACUAAGCAAACACAGUCCGUACAUUUACAUUUUCUUUAUUAAAUAGGGCCCGACCGAUGUGGAUUUUUCGGGGCCGAUGCCAAUACCGAUUAUUAGGGGGGGGAAAUCCAUCUAUUGCCUUAGUUUGACUGAAACUAAACUCAAUAGUCCAACUGAAAUCACACCAAACCAAACAUCUCAUAGUCGAACUAACAUACCAGUGUUUAUAUUUUAGUACAAGUUUGUUGCAAAUAAAUCUUAAACUAUGCUUUGUUACAAAGUCCAAGUAUUUCUUUCCUGUAUUUGUGGUUAUUGAAUGUAAUUUAACUUGUUUUGUAGUUUAAAAUACAGCCUACUUUUUCUGUAAGCUAAAUUUCCUGACUCACAAGUUUUUGAAGCGCCUGUGAUGUUGGAAGCUUCAAAGCCACCAUCCACAUGACAUUUUGUCCCUGUCACAGCCUUUGACACUUCAGACUGAAGCCAUUGCAAGUUUCAAGCCUUCAGUAUCAUACACCCAUCAUUAGUGAUUAGAUCUCAUGCCACAAGAUCUUAUGACGCCAAAGCAUAGCUCCAUUGCACUUUGUGAAUUUGUCAUUUUUAACACCAGUUACUGUUUGACACUGAUGUAGUGGCAGCUUCCUAUCAAAAUCAGUCCAGUGCAUCUUAAAAGGUGCUGCCAAAAAUAGAAAAGUCUUUGUCCUUACUUUCACCUUUUUUUUACCUUCACCCUUUUUCCUCUCACAUCUCUUGACACAGGCAGUCUAAGUGUUUCUGCAUGUCAGAUGUAAGAGCUGUUGGAGCAUUAAUGAUUUUGAAAUCAUCUGUGUUCCCCUCUCCACAUUCAAGGCAGUGAACAGAGUGCACAAGAUGAUGUGCACUGCAUACAUGGAUGAAGCGGUAGUCUCUCUCGUUCCAUUUAUCUCAGCUUUGCUUCACUGCAGCUGAAACAAAGCUACACUUUGACCUGAAGGCCUGUGGUAUUAAGACUUUGAUUCUUGUGUUGUGAAGUUGAAAAUACCAUUACAUCCCUGUUUCAUGACACAAAAGACUUCUUAACAUACACUCAGUAAGGUUUAUCAGUGUCCAUGUACGCUGCUCUGCCAGCAUCUGGGGCUGUUUGCAGGGGCCACAAAGAGAGACUUCAGUCUCAAGUCUGGACUCUGACCCACCUUGCCCUCCUCCCUCUUGCAAAAUAUUUAUCAUUUAUUCAUGAUGAAUUUGGGCCAGUUUGAGGGGGAGGAACUGCCUAGAAUACCUAUCAAGAGUGGACAUUCGUAACAAGUCAGACCAGUUGGGAGGAAACUUCUGUGGGCCUUAAUCUGAGCUGCAGAGAGCGCUUCUAUCUCAGUUUCUGAGUGAGGAUAAAACAACACAACUGUGCUCUUAGUCCUAAACCUGUUAUUCCUAAGGUUUGGGUCACACCAUGAUGGUAGUCUGCUUCAUCCAGCUAAGUGCAGGUCAGCGAGCUGCUCAGUGGUGCAGUGAAGUGAAUUACACCCCAAAACAACCACAGCUUAAUCUGCCAUGUUUCUGAAGGGGCUUUUAAACCUUUCUGUUACAUCUAUAGAGCUGUAAAGCACUCCUAUAAGUACUAGGAAAAGUGUUUUGAAAGCACUCACUAUAAAACAAGUCUCAGGCUAACUGGUCCUGAAGGCAGGAUGUUGCUUUUGUAAUUAUAUUUGUUCAGUUUUAUUUUAUGGCAUCUCUAAUGCAAACAUUGGACAAGACUGAGAAAAUAGAGCUAGAGGUUGAAUGAGAAGAUACGAUGAAGAAGGGAUGGUCGUUGUUGUUGUGUGCAGAGAAUUGGUAUAGUUUAUCAUAUUCGAUGAUAAAAUCUUGGCAAAUUAAACGUCCUUUCACACCGGGACUGUUUUUGUUGUGCAAUAUUUUCGGACGUCAUUAUUUUUUUUCGAACCCGUAUCCUGUCAAAACAAGUGUUCACAUCAGCAACGUUUUCCCGUUCUGUGAUAUUGCGGCAUUUAUUUUUUCGGAUCACGGUCGAUUUUUCUAAAUUUUCGCAUACUGUGUGUCCACUUCUGACCAAUCAGAUUUUGUGUUGUUGUGACGUCAGAUUCACCGGUAUAGCCAACAUGGCCAACCGGCUGAUUGUUUAUGAUCGUUUACACAAAUAUUACAAAGAUAACGACCUGAAGGACAACUUGUGGAGAGUCAUAGCGUCAGAUUGACGAUGCUUUGUGUGCUUUAAAACGUCUUUGUUUUAACUUUCAUUUGUGCUAACCUAAGCUAACGGUUGUUCACAUAGUUUCAUGUGCUUAUCUUAUCGCCUCUGAUUGGCUAUAAGUGCUGACUGUUUGGCUUGAGCGUUUGAUGACGUUUCCAGCUUUUUUAGCCAAUCAGAGGCGAAGGAGGCGGGACUUUCCCCGGGAUGCGCCCGCACCAGAGUUCGAGGUCAGCGUUCACACCAACCCAAACGAACCGCACCAAGGGGGUAAAUGCUCCAGGGUUCGGUUCAACCGGACCAAACGAGAGUGGUGUGAACGCGCUCUAAGGCUCAUACUUAAAAUACCACCAUUGCUUCUUUAAGAACAGGGUGAGAAAGGGAGCAAUUCAUUUAUUGAAUCUUCCCACUAGAAAUUGUUAAAAUUCUGCACAUUAGACCUUUGAGGUAAUCUAUGGUAAAUCACACAGGUUGAAUCAUGUGUUUACAGAUGGCACACACUGAGUAGUUGGUGCUGCAGCUUGAUGUUUUGACUGUUUGCAGGUUCACUUUACGAGCUGCUUCAGCAGAAGAAGUAACUGUUGACUUGACUUUUACCGACUCGCCCUUUUUACAUUUAGAUUCUGCUGCGGCGUUGUAUGAAAGCUCAGCUGUCACUAUGCCUCUGUAGUCUUAUAUGCAGCCUGUAGCGGCAGAGUGUUGAUGUCCGAAUGUGUGACUCUAAAUAGAGUCGUGGCUUUGUGUGAGCCUCAGCGGUAUGACAUGUAAAUAAAUGCAGCAAGUUUGACAUACAUGCACCGGCUGUUCCACCCUGCAGGCUCUGAUGCUUACAAAAGUGAUGUUAACGCAUGUAGCUUUACUUCAACCCAAUUAAAAUCCCUCUGAUUAGAUACUUGGAGUUUACUGUUUUAUGUAUGAUAAACAAAGGGAUACGAUGAAGACAUGCUAUUUUGACAAUCGUUUCAUUUCAUUUGACAAUGACAAUCACAGAGUUGUUUACAGGUCGUAUGUGUUGAGUACAGAAAAAGAAGAAACUUUUUUUUCUCCUCUUGUUUCUGUAGUAAACAAAUACUGCUGACAUUUAUGAAAGACGUCAUGUAAAAAAUAAACGCUUGAAGAAACAGGGAUUUGUUGUAAUGUAAGCAGUAAAAGAGCUCAAAUCUUUCCAUUUUUAAGAUACAUGUAGCACAUAGGACUUUAACAAGAAUUUACAUCAUCCAGUUAGAAGGACAGACAUGCUUUAGUACACAAAAUAAGGUAGACUGAGUAACUAAUGGUAAACAGUGACCAUUAUCGAUAACUCGUCUUUCUCAUAUUAACACCCUCCCCUUUUUGCCUUCAGGCUGCAGUGUGGCAGGCUCUGAACCACUACGCCUACCUGGACGCCGUUUUUCUCGCCGAGAGACUCUAUGCUGAAGGUAACACCUGUCUGUCUUUAAAUGAGGUCAAGAUACACACCUGUUCUCUGAUUAUUGUUAGUCUGCCUGUCAUUCUCUCACUGAGCUCAGCGUGCACCUGUUUUGUCACUCGCUGAGGCUCACAUGUUUACCUGUCUUGUCUCUCAGUGAGGUCGGAGGAAGCCCUUUACCUGUUGGCUACAUGUUAUUACCGCUCGGGGAAGCCGUAUAAAGCGUACCGGCUGCUGAAAGCCCACAGCUGCUCCACACCACAAGUUCGAUUUCUGUUGGCGAAAUGCUGCGUCGAGCUCAGCAAGUAAGAACACACGUGAAAAUAACUGAAAAAAUAAACUAAAAAACAUCUUCAGUCUUUUCUGUUUAACUCUGUUGUUAAACUCACAUAUAUGUCUUUUUGUCUUUAUAUUUUGUCUUUCUACCGAUCUGCUUAUCUCUCUCCCCGAUCGUCUGUGUUUUUUAGACUGGCAGAAGGAGAGCAGGUUCUGAUUGGUGGAGUGUUGAACAAACAAAAAAGUCAGGAUGACAUCAUCACAGAGUUUGGAGACUCCGCCUCCUUCACACUGUCGUUACUGGGACACAUUUACUGGUAAGAAACCGUCCUCAUGGUCUUUUACAUGGUUUUACACUUGCCAUUUACUGACCUGUUUCUGCCGUCUCUGUCUGUCUGAGCAGUAAGACAGACCGUGUCGCCAAAGGAGCUGAAUGUUUCCAGAAAAGUUUAACCCUCAACCCGUUCCUGUGGUCACCUUUCCAGAACCUCUGUCACCUAGGUAACACAUACAAAAUCACAACUUUCGUUCAUUAGUACCAUCAUAUGAUUAAUAAACCAACUGUAUUGAUUCCUAAAAGAUUGGGACCCUGCUAAAAUGUCAAUAAAAACACAUUUUAAAAGUUUGAGAAUCAUGUAUUCUAGUUUUUCCCUUUGAGCGACUCAACUUUACUAACUAAAUUCGUUUCUAGAUGUUCCUCCAGCUGUUUCUUUUUUCCUUUUAUUAUUUUGUUUAGCAUUAAACAGCUUUUUACCUAUUUGGUUGUUCUUCUAGCAACUUUUUACAAAUUUACUGUUGACAUAAGAUAUAAAAAAAGCAUAUAUUUGUCAUGAAAACUACAUUUUCUAUUUCAACAUUCCCUGUCCUCUUUGUGCUAAUUUCAAUGACAUAUCAGAUCCAAGCGAUUUUUAGUCCAUCAAAAUUUGUUUUUAAUAGGAACAUUUAACACAAAAUUCCAAAUUUUUAUGAAAUGUUUGUACUUUUUGAACAUUUAUAUUUAUGUGGUUUGUAUUCCAGGAGAGAAACCAGAUCCAGAUCAGGUCUUCAGGUUGUCCUCUUUACAGAAUUCCUCUAUAGCUCCACCCCCUCCAUCUGUUAGCCCUGCCCAAAACCCCUCCCAUCGCCUAGACACUGCCCUCAUGGAAACACCACAGGAUACACUAGUACGUACUACAAUAAGCCAUGACUAAUAGAUGGAGUAAUUGUAGCGUAGAAUCAGCAUAUUAUUGGGGUUCCAGUGUGAUUCUAUCAUUGACUCUGUAUUUGUUCUCUCUAGGAGUUGAAUCGUUUGAAUCUAGAAUCUUCUAAUGGAAAGCUGACGUCUGAUUUGUCGGUCUCCUACAUCGACUCCUCCCUCAUAUCCCCCGAGACCGGCUCGUUAUUGGGUAACACAGUUUCUAUGGCUUCAGCUGGCUCUUUAUUGGCCAAACAGAACAAGCCUAAGAGUGGGCGGAGUUUACUGGGAGGACCUGCAGCACUCAGUCCUCUGACACCCAGGUGAGUUCUGUAUUAAUCACUUAGCUAAUAGAAACACAUGACCCAUAACAUCCACAUUUCAUAAUUAUUUACACAAAUGACUAAUUUAUGUGAUGAACACUUAACAAACUGACAAACUGAAUUAAAAACAUCAACAAGCGUUUCACUCUGGCUGUAAAAAUGAUAUUUUGACCGCUAUCAAGUCAAGAUAGCCUCUGAGAUCGCCUCUAGUGGACACAUAACGAACUGCAGUGUUAGAUUUACAUCCUGUCCUGAAUACAAGUACCGUAUGAUUUUAAUAUUGUCUUAACACACCUGAAGUUGUGUGAGUCUUAAGUGUUUCACUCAUACUACUGUGUGUUUCUGUGUUGGUCUGUGUAGUUUUGGCAUCCUGCCCUUAGAGCCCAGCCCUGGAGACCCCACAUAUCUACAGAACUACUCAGCAACCAUGGAAACACAAUCUACAGCUCCUAACAAAAAGGUACAAACACUCUGUACACACUCAGCACCUGUAAGCACAGACUUUGACACAUAACUCACACACUCUGACCCCUCCAACUCUCUGUCUCUGUCUCAGUCUGUCUCCAGGAUCAGUCAGUCAAAGUCUGUCUUCAGUCAGAGCGGGAACAGCAGAGAUGUUCUCCCAAUCCCCUUCAACCAAUCACAGACCACUGCCCCUCACACCAGGUAAUGACAGCAGCCACUCACAGAGCUCCACACAGCCCCAACCUUAGAUCAUAUCUAAACGCUGAUUGCCUGAUUCGCUGUCCUUUUGCCUAAUUAGCAGUCAGUCUCUCAGUAAUGACUCAUUUGUCUCUCGGUGAUGUCCUGUCUGUCUCUCAGUGGUACCCCUCAGGUCCUCAGUCCCAGUAUGACUGGUCCUCCAAACGUUCAGCCCAGAAGAAGCUCCAGACUGUUUACAAGUGCCAGCUCUACUGCCAAGGUAACACAUUUAUCACGCAAAAAGAAAGUUAUCUACCACUGAUGCUAUUUGUUUUGUACUACCUAAGUAAUACUAUUCAAAUAACAUACUGUGCUAUCAUAGAAGUACUUAUUAUUGUAUUGCUGCAGUACUUUGGUGACACUAAAGCGUUUAAAUAUCGUACAUAUCAUACUAAAACUAGAAUUCCAAUACUGCAGUACCUUAUUUAUACCGUAGUUUCAAAUAAACUAAUAGGAUUUGUUGGUGUGUGUGUUCUCUGGUGCAGGAAAACAGUAAGAAGUUAAAGAUGAAGUUUCCAACAAAGAUCCCAAACAGGAAAACUAAAUGUAAAUCAGCAAAGACGUCAAACAGCAGCAACCUGAACGAGAGCCUGGACAUCCUGAGGCUGGAUCCCAGUCUGAGUCUGCCAGACACCAGGAUCCCCCAGUACCAGAGGGCUGCUGCAGGUAACGACACUGCAGAUACAUACGCUAAAUACCAGAACUUCAGGACAGUCUGAUUCAUUCAUAGCUUGAGUAGAAAGUUAUUUUACUAAGUGUUCCUGUGUUUCCUGUGUUUGCAGACAGCGUGAUGGCUUUGCUGCGGGACUUGGGUCGUGGCUACCAGGCGCUGUGCUCGUACAACUGCAGAGAAGCCAUCAACAUCCUGACCUCCCUCCCUCCCCAGCACUACAACACCGGCUGGGUCCUCACACAUAUUGGCAGAGCCUACUUCGAACUGGCUGAAUACACACAGGUAACACAAGUAACACGUGAUAUUCUGUGUUCACACAGGUGAUACACCUGCCGUUCACUCUAACUUCCUGUUCUUCACGUUUGCAGGCGGAGCGUCUCUUCAGCGAGGUUCGCAGGAUCGAGUCGUACAGAGUUGAAGGGAUGGAGAUUUAUUCUACCACACUGUGGCACCUGCAGAAAGACGUCGCACUGUCUGCCUUGUCCAAAGACCUGACUGACAUGGACAAGAACUGUCCUGAGGUAAGAACUACUCCUGUAAACUAGCACUGCAUGGUGUGUCUACAUUUUUGUUCUUUUUGGAUUUUUUUUCCAAAACAGUAUAAUAUUAAGAUUUCCUGGGGCUUGGUUCUGAAUGUAGGUCAAAUAGUGUCAUGUAGGUCAGUGAUUCUCAACCGAUGGGUCCCGACCCAAAAGUGGGUCGCAAACACAUUCUGGAUGGGUCGGGAACAGCUGGUUAAAAAAGUAAAUAUUUCAUGUCCAUCAGAUGUUUAAAAUGUCUUUUAUUUUGAAAAAUAGCUUAUUCUGAAAGGCACGCGUUAUGUCGCGGUCCUCCUUGGUUUCUCAUUGAUGUGGCCUGAAUGCAGGAAAAAUACAUGGUUUUUUUUGUUUGUUUUUUGGUCUUUAUUUUGUGCAAUUUGAUAUUUGAUAUUUUCUGCAUGUGCAACUCUAGAAGUCCUCAGUUCAUGUGCUCUGAAAUACACUUUACUUAAUAAAAUUAGUGUAUUAAUGUUAAAGAUUAGGGUCUUUUAAAGUUUUUUUUAUAAAAACUAAAUUUGCUUGGUUUGAAUUUUAUAAAAGUGGGUUGCAGCUUUGAGUCAGACCAGUUAAGAACCACUGAUGUAGGUGAUGGAGAAACAGUGUUACUUGCAUCUCCACAAGGUGGCAGUAUUGGCCAAAAGGCAUGUCAAACUAUAAAAAUAAAAAAAGUCAUGCAUUGACAACAAACAGAGACCAAACACAUAUCUGACCGCCUGUCUGUCUGUUUACCUGUCUUCCUCUUAUAAAACACCUGACUCUCAAAGUGACUGUCUGUCUGUCUGUCCCUUUACAGGCCUGGUGUGUAGCAGGUAACUGUUUCAGUCUGCAGAGAGAACACGACAUUGCCAUAAAGUUCUUCCAGAGAGCCAUCCAGGUGAGAGAAGACACCUUCAACUGUCUCUCUGUUUGUCUUUCUUUUACACUAUUUUCUGCUCUGCUAUCAAGUCUUUCUUUGUCUUCUCUCUUUCUCUUCCUGUAUUUAAUUCUCAUCUGAUGCUUUUUGUCCCCCUCUUAUUCUUGCAUGUCUCAUCGUUCUGCCUUGCCUGCCUGUGAAUCCAUCUCACUUUUUCCCUUUCUUUCUCCACCAUCCAUCUGUCUGUCUGUCCUGUUUCUGUGUCUCCGACCUGUCUGCCCCUCUGAUUGGUCUCAUUCUGCACAUGACCGUCUCCUAGGUGGACCCGGGCUUUGCGUACGCUUACACCCUGCUGGGUCACGAGUUCGUCCUGACAGAGGAGCUGGACCGAGCUCUCGCCUGCUUUAGAAACGCCAUCAGAGUCAACAACAGACACUACAAUGCAUGGUACGGUGACUGUAAGGAUAGCAGCAACCAACUCACUGACAAAGUUAAGCAAAGCCAUGCCACUGAUGCGUGUGUUUUUGUGUGCUCACCUGUGCAGGUACGGUCUGGGGAUGAUUUACUACAAACAGGAGAAGUUUAAUUUGGCAGAAAUCCACUUCAAGAAAGCGUUGAGCAUCAACCCUCAGAGCUCUGUGCUGCUCUGUCACAUCGGAGUGGUACGGUAGCACGUAGCAUCCAACAUUCAAAGCAACUGCUCUAUUAACAAUCACCCCCCUGCCAUUCAUGUGUCGUACUGUGUGUGUUUGCAGGUGCAGCAUGCCUUGAAAAAGUCCGACGCAGCUUUAGAAACUCUGAACAGAGCAAUCGGGAUCGACCCCAAGAACCCGCUCUGCAAGUUCCACCGGGCGUCCAUAUUGUUCGCCAACGACAAGUACAAGGUAAUCGAUGUCGUGAUCGCACACUGGCUGUGAAACCAUAAUAACAUAUUCAACAACAGUCCAGUGAGAUGAGUUUUCCAUCUCAGUGACCCCUCUGAAUCACUCUGCAUCAUUGUCCUAAUCUCCCUCUCACCAGUCUGUCUGAUCUGUCUGCCUCUUUUCAGGCGGCUCUGCAGGAGUUGGAGGAGCUGAAGCAGAUUGUUCCCAAAGAGUCUCUUGUUUACUUCCUCAUAGGAAAGGUAACACACACCUGCCGACCUUUGCCCUCUCACAGUUCAACCUCUCCACGAAAACGCCUUCUCUGAAAGCCUUCCCCGUGUCCCCUCAGGUGUAUAAGAAGCUGGGUCAGACUCAUCUAGCUCUGAUGAACUUCAGCUGGGCCAUGGAUCUGGACCCUAAGGGAGCAAACAACCAGAUAAAAGAAGCCAUUGACAAGAGAUACCUGCCAGAGGAUGAAGGUGAGACAGGUAGGAGCAUCAGGAGGUGACACUGCAUCACUUCCAGUGACUACGCGGCGUAUUAUCAGUUCAUAACUCAAAACCAGCAUCCCUGAUGGUAGGAGGAUCAGAAGUGUCUAUGGCAUGGGUCGCUUACACAUCUGUGAAGGCUCCAUUAAAGCCGAACAAUAUAUACAGGUUUUAGAGCAACUUAUGCUGACAUCUAGACAAUGACUUUGACAGUGCCAAACCACAUUACAACAGCAUGGCUCUGCAGUAGAAGAGUCCUGCUGCUAAACUGGUCUGCCAACAGUCCUGACUUGUUGUUCAUGAAAAACUUAUAGAACGUCAUGGCACAAAAAAUAGGACAAAGGAGACCCUGAACUGUUAGGGAACUGAAAUCCUAUCCCAGCUAAGAAUGGGACAGUAUUUCGCUUUCCAAACUGCAGAAUCUGGUCUCCUGGGUCCACUGGUGUUUACAGAGUGUUGGGAAAGGAAGAGCUGAUGACACAGAAUGGGGAAACAUGACCCCUGGAACAAAUUUUUAGAAGCAUGUUGCUUGCAUCAAAUAAGAAAUGAGCAAAUAUUUUUCAUAAAUCAAUAAAAAUCUUCCAGUUUUAACAUUCUGUAUGUUGUUUACACACUUUCUCACAGAAAAAUGUUUUUGAAUGAUUGAAAACCAUCAAAAUCGGUUCAACAUUUUACGUGGUGUCAGAUCUCGUAUGGAACUGGAUUUGUGUAUAAUUUUGAUGGUAAUAAAUACCUCUGUCUCUCUUUUUCUUUGCCUCUCCUUACCUGUCUGCGUGUCUUCAGCAGUGGAGGUGGACGACAGCCAGGACAGCAGCAUCAUGACUGACGCUGAUGACACGCAGCUCCACACGGCUGAGAGUGAUGAGGUCCUUUAACCCCGCCCCUCUCAUCUAAACUCACCCCUGCUUGAACCAAGCCCCCCCACCCACCCACACUCAGAUGACCUGGAGGAGUAUUGUUGCUAGGCAACAUUCUGACAGACAGAUCUUCAGUUUAGCUCCGCCCCCUGCCCUCCUUCCUGUCAUCUGAUGGCUGAAACAGACUGCUGCUGCCCUGAAGCCCACCCACUUCUUUUCCUCCUUUUCCUCCUCCUUGUAUGUCAUUGAGCUUGUCCUCUGACAUCACAGCUGUUUUUUAUGUUCUUUUUAUCAUCAUUAUGAAAAUAAACAAUAAAAACAUGUAAACCCCGCCUACUGCUGUUGUCU